AUGGCGAUGUGUGGAGAUGACGACACACGAUUACGUCCACCACCUCCACCAUCCAUGCUGAAAAGCUACGCUUCCGUGGCUGCAAUAGGGGUACCCCCACGACCACAUCGAAACUCCUCGUCACUUAGUCGAGAGUCAUCGUCCUAUACUGACUACGCCACAGACUUGACCGAGAUGGAACUUCGUGCUUUCAUUGCUGCGACGUUGCAUAAAAAUCCACGAGAUCGAUCUUUGAUAUUAGAGCUGGAGCAGCUGUUCAUUGAUUUCCUCAACAAUUUUGGGGAACAAUCAAUGAAACUGCCACCGGUGUCGUCAUAUAACCGUAUGAUAAUACACCGGCUAGCCGUACUCUUUGGACUCGAUCAUAACGUCGACAACAGCGGAAAAUGUGUGGUAGUAUCGAAGACGUCCAAGUCUAAGCAGCCAUCAUUUCUGUUUACGAGCCUUAUUCAAAGCAACAUUUACACUGAUACUCGAAGGUACUACAAUGGUGUUUGGAAUUAUGGAGAGCCGAAAGCACAAUCGUUCGAUGCUGGAUACGCAGUCCCACAAGUCGAGUAUGAGCCAGCGUACCAGCCAUGGUCAUGGACUAGCGGAAACCAUCGAUCAUUCGAGAAAAACACGCAACAUUACUAUCCAAAGGCUGGUAGCUUCAGUGGUGUACCGGCGUACUAUCGAGGUGGCAACGGCUCUACGGAGGCUUACGAUCGGUUACACAGCAAUAAUGGACAUGCACAUUCACUGGCAUCUUGUAAGUAG